AUGACUUCUCAGGGAACAGACCUAUCGGACUCGGAGGUGCUUAGACUCGGAAAAGAGGUUGAAAGUACCAUCGUGAGCUCGCUCCAGGAUCCGGAUCGACCUCGCCACUGUGCGCGGUUCUAUGUUGCGUGUUUCGAUGUCCUGUGCGAAUAUGAUCCCUUCUCGUCCACGAGAAGGUGGUCGCGGCGUCACUCCGCGCUCCUGGAUGCUCUGAUGAAGUAUCUCUCCCAUCCCAACGUCAGUAUCUUUGAGCUCGCGGACCGCGAAUACUGUCAAUGCGAUCUAUCGAAACCGCUGGAACAGCGAAUGCAUCGCACUGGCGCCGAUCCCACCCUACAACGCUGGGAAUGGCCCAUGAGCGUGGUUGGCUACGCCAUCGUUGUUUUCGCGUCGGCAUCUCCGUCAAGGUUGCGCUCCAUACAGUCAAGCAGACAUCCCACUUGGCCUUCGUCGACCGCUCAGCUCAUACCUUACGGGCUCCAAGCCACUCUCGAUUCUUUGAUCGGAAAGAUCGAUGCCUACAUCCCGUCAGUGUGCUGUGCCAUUCACGGCAUCACGGUCGCCUUCGGCCGGCCCAAAAUGACGAGGAUGUUGGUGGACCACGUCAGCCUUCCCAUGUUGCUGCACAACUUCCUAUCGUACUGGGAAACCUCUGCGAGUCGAAACCCGUUGAACAACUACUGGACACAGGCGCGUGUGAUCCGCGACGUCGCGAACGCGACGCAUACGACGCUGAGGCUCAUGGUGGACCUGUUUUCGUCGCCUCCCGACGCGCUGCGGAGGUUUGUGGAGCGCUCGGGCGCACCCCACGACAACUUUGUGGUCCUCAUGUCCAGCCUAGUGCACUUCGGGACGCGCGCAAAGGCCAUCGCCCCCGACAACGUCGGUGACAGCCCAUCGCCUACGGAACGCAUCAUGUACGCGCAGUUGGACGCCGUCCUCUCCGCAUAUCGGUCGAUGGGCGCCACUCUACAUUCGAUCCUCGAACUCCCGGUGUACCACAGCGAGCGGUAUCACCCAUCGAUGCAGCAACCGCCCAUCCCGCCGCGCUGGAUCUCGCUCUCCAGCCGGCUUCACGCGAUUCAGAGCCAGGCGGAGGAGAAUCCGAGCUGCUUCGGGCCGCAAUGCGAGGAGACGGAGACGACGGCCAUGCGCAAGUUCUACUUGUGCGGCGGAUGCGAACACAUGACGUACUGUUCGAAGGAGUGUCAACGCCGCGCAUGGAAACACGAGCGAGAACCUCACAAGUGUGUUAGAUUCCCCAGUCUGUAUCCAUCUUUGUCCUCCGUGAUCGGUUACCUCUCGUGCAGGCCCAUAUGCAAACUCAUACGACAGAUCGAAGCUAAGGGCAUCUCUGCUCCGGUUUGGGCGGAGCGCAACUUCAUGCGCGGCAUAUCCUCCGUGUACUCGGAUUUACUCAGACUAUCGGAACAUAUCGACCAGCUCGCUUGA